UUUCUGAGAAACGGUGCAAUGAUAUUGUAUCAGCUAGACUUCAACGCGAUUUGGUAAUCCUGUGUUUUGAACGUUUCUCACACUUCCUGUACAGCUACCCGUCUUCUGAAUUCUACUCAGCUCGUUUGAGGCCGGAUGAACGCCUCGGACAAGUCAUGACUUCUUUGGAACGCCCUCAGGAUUCUGGACAAUCCUGCCCGAUUCAAACUAUCCAAGAUCUCCAAGAACUUAUCUCUUCACCUAAUCCUCUUGAAAGUCUUCUAAGGCUCGACGAUUCUUCUGCCCCAUUUGUGGUGGAACUACUGUACAAGGAAUUGCAAGAACCUGGUCUAGAAGAUGACUACCGGAAACGAUGUAUGAAGUAUCUCAAAGCGAUGGGCAAGCGAUUCCAUGCCCUACCUUCCUCGCUAUUCUUAAACACAAUAAAAAGGAACGGGAAUCACGCACUUACUGGUGGAGGGUUCGCUGACAUAUACAAGGGGAAAGAUGGUGACACGGAGGUGUGUUUGAAGGUUUUACGAGUACACAUGACAGAGACUGAAGGAAAGAGAAAAAGGAUCAUUGCGGAUUUCUGUCGAGAGGCAUUGAUAUGGACCCAACUACGUCAUUCAAAUGUUCUUCCUCUCCUAGGCGUGAACACAGAACUAUUUCCCUCCUGCUUUUGCCUUGUCUCUCCGUGGAUGGAAAACGGAGACAUCGUAUCAUUUUUGAAAAUGAAUCCCAAUCAUGACAAGUUGCAGCCAAUCUGCGAAAUCAUGGCUGGUCUGGAAUACCUUCAUACACUGUCACCCCCGAUAGCGCACGGUGACAUCAAAGGCGCAAAUAUUCUAGUAGACGAAGAACAUCACUGUCGCCUUGCUGACUUUGGGUUGGCAGCGAUAAGUGCUGAGACAAUGACAAUGAUUCAUACGACGACCGGCGUCAUCAAGGGCUCGAUUCGCUGGAUGGCACCCGAAUUAUACGCAUUUGCGACUGGGACCGUUGAGAAGAAUGCGAAGGAAGACAGAACCCCUCGAGAUAUUUACGCUUUCGCAUGCACAGUGCUCGAGAUGUUGACGGGGAAACCUCCUUUUUCCAAUCUUAUUGAUGCAGCUGUCAUCUACCAAGUCAGUGUUCGCCGGAUUAGACCAGAGAGACCUUCCGAAGGCUGGUGUCCCAACCACAUAUGGAACCUCGUCGAGUCAUGUUGGGAUGAGGACCCGUUAAAACGACCUAGAGCGAAGGCCCUGCACAUGUACCUGCAGCAGUUAAUGCUCUCAGGUAAUCCUGACCCUGGAGAUCCUGGUUUUAUUGGGUAUUUCCAACCGGAAGGAUUUGGAACACUUGCCUCAGCCGAACCUGAUUAUGACACGAUUGAAUCCGACCACCCGCCCGAAUCCUAUGUUUUACCACCGCAAAGUCCUAAAGUACUUUCUCCCUUGCCACUGAAACUCCCACAAACCUUCAAUUCUGAAGGGAUUGCAGAGGCUGAAGACAUACCAUCACCCACUUCCCCUUCCGCCAGUCAAUACGUUGCCGAGUUUUUCAGACUCAAUGAACGUCUUCUCAAAGAAGCUGUCGACAACACCAGUUCCUAUGGUCAAAAUAUGCCUGGUAGGGGUAUACCGGACCCAUGUGAAUAUGUUCGGACUGCCUGCGAGGGACUGCACAAAUAUUCGGAUGUUUUCGUGGGUGCCUUGGAAGUCAUUGCGAGGUUGCAUCCCUUCAUAGGAGUCACGAUAGUAGCGUUCAAACUCAGCAUAGUCUGGCUUUACGACAAGCAAAUCCAUGACAAGGACGUUAUAGAUCUAAUGAUACAGAUCCACCGAACGAUGGCGUUGUUUCUAAGACUUCGGAAACUAUCGAAUCCAGAAGACCGAGGGACUGACGGUCAAACACUUUGGGACCGUUUACAGGACCUACUCGUCAUCCUCACCACGGUCAUCGAACAGGCUGGGGCGGCAAUAGAAGCGUUUGCUCGUGGCUCAAUUACUUUGGAACGUGUUACUCUCUAUUCUGGGAAGUUCUCUCAGUUCCAGGAAGCCUUACGACGCGCGUUUUCUUACCAUCCUGCCUUAUCUGACCCUUCAUUCACUCUACAGUCUUUUGCUACGAAUGGCGAAAGCUCUCAACGCGAAGAACAUUGGAACACACGGAUAGACAACCUAGUAUCCCAGUUCCGGGCGCUCCCGUCUAUUGCUAAGGAAGAUACCUAUCUUCCGGUGGGGGUUCCAGCAUCGCGUGAUCCCUCAUAUACUUCGAGUCAAGGGACACGUCAGCGACGCCGACGCCGACACUCUAACCCGCAGCAAUGGAACCAUGAGGAACCGCCUACGUUGCUGUCUUCCUCUCCAUCCGAAUCCCAUCUACCCGGUUCCUUUGGAGCAUAUGUUGACAAUUCCCUCGGAGAACGUCUUCUUAGUGCUAGGACCUUACCUCCCUCUUCGUCCGAAUUCCACCUAGUUCAUGACGACUAUGGUGAUGGGGAAGAAGUCAGGAGAACUCUAGCCGGGACCAGAGGUUACGAUGGAACCAACUACCUUGUUGGAGAACCCCUUUACCCGCAAGCAAGCGUGGGAGGUACCGUUGCCUCUUUCCACGGCCCCUCCAAGACUUCUACACCAUUCAUCUCCCCACCACCCGCACACCGAGUGACUACUUUCUUGAUAUUGAACCCAUUACUAUCGGCGAAUACGACACUUCUCACGUUCGAUUUCGCUGACGACAGUUUCAAACCAGGAGUCCAAAGCUUUCCACCCCCGACUCUAUCUUCUCUAAACCAUCCCAGCUUACAGGGUCAGGCUACGCAUGUAGAAGUUUCUGCGAUGAGGCUGGUUUUUGAUGACAAUGACUUCGUGGUACCUCCUUCUACCAUCGGGUUAUCCCAUUUAGAUGUCAGAGGCUUUGCUUGGUAUGGCGGUGUAGUGCGAGUUAUGGACGUGUUGAGGGAACUUUAUUGGGCUCUGAACUGUCGGAUAUCUCAUGCGGAUUGGGCUAACCUUCCGGAUAGACAGCAGAAACGAGUCAGUCGGGCCUUUAGCGACAGAUUGACACGUGCACCUCAACCCCGAAAAGUGGAGGGUGACGGUGUGAAGAAGGUGGAUUAUCUAGCUAGAAAGACGAAGUUUCGGGGUUUGGUCGAGGUUGAGCGGAAAAAGUUCCAAGUGGUGUUGGAGGGGUAGCCUGAAUACUUAAGUUAUAUCAGUCAGAUAAAGAUAUUGGCCAUGUACAAAUUCAAAACAUGGAGUCAAAUGUAAACUAUUUUAAAAUCGUGUUUC